CCUCAACGCCCUGUAAUCCCUGAAGUCUACACAAUGCGUUCGGUCGCUUGCCUGUUGACCCUAGUGGUCUCAACUGUGCUCGGACAGACCGUUGUCCCACCCAGCACAUGGAACUACACCUACCCGUGGCCCGUCAAAUAUCACAACCUCACGUCGCAGCGACUGAACCUCUCCAUGGCAUACAUGGAUGUCGCUCCCACUAGCUACGCAACGAACAAAACCAUCGUACUGCUUCACGGCAAGAACUUUUGCGGCGCGACAUGGGAAGAUACAGCGCGCCGUCUUUCCACACACGGCUACCGAGUCAUCGUGCCCGACCAAAUCGGCUUCUGCAAGUCGUCCAAGCCGCCAGCAUACCAAUUCUCUCUGCAGCAACUGGCAUUCAACACGAAUUCCCUACUCCAAUCGCUCGAUAUCGCACAGGUUAAGGUUCUCGGCCAUUCGAUGGGCAGCAUGCUAGCGACUCGAUUCACGCUGAUGUAUCCCGACGUGACCUCGCACCUCAUCCUAACCAACCCAAUCGGUCUGGAAGACUGGAAAGCGCUUGGCGUCCCAUGGCGACCGAUCGACCUCCUGUAUGCAGACGAGCUGAAAACCAACUACACGACUAUUCGUAACUACCAGCAAGCAACAUACUACGUCAAUACCUGGAAGCCCGAGUACGAUGUCUGGGUCAACAUGCUGGUCUCUUUGUACCACCUGCCUGUCGAGGGUCCCACGUUUGCGUACAAUAUGGCGCUUACGACGGACGCGGUGUUGACGCAGCCGGUUACGUAUGAAUUCGGUCUGGUGAAGGCGAAGACAUUGCUGUUGAUUGGUACGAAGGAUAACACUGCGAUCGGCAAGGCGUGGAGUCCGCCAGCUGUGCAGGCUAAGUUGGGUAACUAUUCGGUACUGGGGAGAGAGACGGCUGCGAAGAUUCCGGGUGCUGAGUUAGUAGAGUUCACGGACUUGGGACAUGCUCCGCAAGUCCAGGAUAGUGAACGGUAUCAUGAGGCGUUGUUCGAGUGGCUGGACAGAGUGGGCUGAGCGGGUCAAUGAGGGCCUUCCGUUGAGGAAAUUGCGUGCUUGUAACCGACUUUUAUGUUGCAUAAAAGGGCUUUACAAGGCGGGCUCAGGCCUAUUCGUGGUAGAGAAGUCUUACUAGUCAGCUUCUGAAGCUCCUGUCGUUUCUCUUCGGUAUUCCGUGUUUGCCUGUCUGUCUCUCGCCUCCGUCAUCAGUCUUUUGUAAUCCGCUUCACUGACCUCAACCCAUGGCUCGAGCACAUACGAUGUGUAUUGAGAAUCUUGUACGUAGGAAUCAGCCCGAAUAAGAUAAAGCUGGCAAUGGUAGUCCACUCUUUUGAUCCUUCGAUGCAGA